UCCCGUCCGGCCGUCCCACCAAGGCACCAACAGUCAUACUCACUACCUCCCGAUCUGCUGGCCUCCCGUUCCGCUGCCUCCCGCCCGCCAUUCCGCCGCCUGCCUCCCGCCGGCCCCGCUGUUCCGCCACCCCCCGCCGUUCUGUCGCCUGCGGCCUGCCGCCCCCAUCUCGCCGCCGGAGCCCGCCGCCUCCAAUCUCGCCGCCGGCGCCCGCCGCUCGACGAUCGCUCCCAACGUCCUCUCCCAGCAGGCCAGCACCCAACCUCCUCUCUCCUUCGUCGCAGCUACAGCUCCCGCCUGCAGCGGAAACCAAACAGUGGGCUGCAGCCUUAAUUUGCAUCCCAGCUGCUGCGGCCCAGCUGCGGUGCGAGCUGUGGCCCUGCAGGCGACCAAACACGCCCUAAAGCGCCACUUCUCCGUCCCACUCCGCGCUGCGCCUUGCCGUUCGCCAUGGCCGCCGCCGGCGAAGACCCUCAGGAGCCACACUCAGGCAUGUAUUACCGCAGGAAGAACAGAGCGUCUGACCCAAUCAGUGGUCUUUCACUUCCUGCUGGAAGUGGGGUUCAUAGUUGGGGAUGUGGCAGUGUUACCAAGGAUAUGGAAGAUAUUUAUGCUCGCAAUGUCCAACUGAUUAAUUUCCUGUCUACGCUGCAUGAACCCACUCGGAGUUCUGUGCCUAUGGUUGAAACUAAUGUGAAAUAUUGCUCCAUUAAGCAAGAAACUAAGGUGACAGAUUGCUCUGUUAAGCAAACAGAACCAAUACUUAUUCCUGAUUCGGAUGAUGAAGAUGGAAGCACGGCAGAGCUGGCACCUGAGAAAAACAAAGAGCUGAUACCAUUGGGAUUGGCUGGUACUCUCACGGCACACGUGACAUCUAAAGGGAAAGAUCAAGUAAAUGAGACCCGGCACUAUGGAUACCAAAACAGUCAAAUUGUUCCAUAUGGUCAAAGUGCAGCUCUUAUAAAUCAUCAUUCCUUGCAAACCAGCUGGCAACCAUCAAUUCAAUAUGAGAGCGUUAUAUUGCAAACAAGGACUGAGGAGGAGCGUAUAAAAUAUCUGGCUGCUGCUAGCCAUGCGGAGAAGAUGGCAGAAACACAAGUUUUCCCUGACCUUCCCAGGGAGAGAAAGCAAAGGAAAUUGGACCCCAACUCCCAGGUGGAUGGAGAUGCUGGAACUGCGCCAAGAAAAAGAAAAAGAAAGACCGGACCAGAUCCAGCAGCAGUUGAUUUGCCUUCAGAAACCUACAAUCCUGUGGAGGAAGAGGAGCCCGCGGAGGAAGAUAAACCUGAAAACAAAAGUGAUGGUCUUGAGGAUUUAUGGAAAGACUUCUCAGUGGCAAUGGAAAGCUCUAAGCUUAACACAUUUGAAGAGCUACCCGAUGAGAAAGAACUGGGUGAAAAAGAUGUGGACAACGACUGCAACCAUGACAUACGGAUUCAUGAAGAUCUGGGCCAUGUAUGCCGCGUCUGUGGUUUGAUUGUGAGAAGGGCUGAUACAAUAAUUGAUUAUCAGUGGAAAAAGGCAUCAAGGUCAAGAUCAUAUUUCUGUGGAACACGUUCUAAGGAUGCUGAUGAGAUCAUCAUUGGUGAUAUCAGAGUAUCUGAUGAUCUCCUGGCUUUAGAUAUUGCCAUUCAUCCAAGACAUAAAAAGCAAAUCAGGUCGCAUCAGUUGGAAGGUUUCCACUUCCUGGUUAAGAAUCUAGUUUCUGACAAACCUGGAGGUUGCAUUCUAGCUCAUGCCCCUGGUUCCGGAAAAACAUUUAUGGUCAUAAGUUUCAUUCAGAGCUUCCUUGCGAAGUAUCCCUCUGGAAGGCCCCUUGUUAUACUUCCUAAAGGCAUAUUAGGUACAUGGAAGAAGGAAUUUCAACAAUGGCAGGUUGAGGACAUACCACUGUAUGAUUUCUAUUCUGUUAAGGCUGAAAAAAGAGAGGACCAGUUGAAAAUCCUCAAUUCUUGGCAAUCCAAAAUGAGUAUUCUUUUUCUUGGAUACAAGCAGUUCUCUACGAUCAUUUGUGGUGAUGGAGGUGGAACUGUUGCAGCUGCAUGUCGUGACAUGUUGCUUAUGGUCCCUAAUCUACUGAUACUGGAUGAGGGUCAUACACCAAGGAAUACGGCGACUAAUGUGCUAGAAUCACUGAGCAGAGUGCAAACACCACGUAAGGUGGUCCUGUCAGGUACACUUUUCCAGAAUCAUGUUGGGGAAGUGUUCAACAUAUUGAAUCUUGUACGCCCAAAGUUUCUCAGGAUGGAAUCAUCUCGUCCUAUCGUCAGACGUAUAAUGAGUCAAGUAGCAAUAUCAGGUACCAGGGUUUCAAAAGGGGUUCCUGAUAAUGUAUUCACCGAGUCAGUAGAAGAGACCCUGCUGCAUGAUGAAAACUUCACAAGAAAAGCACACAUUAUUAGAAGUCUUAGAGAACUAACAAAUGACGUGCUUCACUACUAUAAGGGCGAUAUCUUAGAUGAACUACCUGGACUAGUAGAUUUCAGCGUCUUCUUGAAACUCAGUCCCAGGCAGAAAGAAAUCGUUCAUAAGUUGGAAGCCUAUGAGAAGUUCAAAAGAAGUGCGGUUGGAACUGCACUGUACAUGCAUCCUUGUCUGUCAGAAAUGUCAGAAGGUGAUGCUACAGACAGGGCUAACAACUUGACAGAUGCUGCAGUUGAUAGUAUGGUUCAGUCUAUCAAUGUGAGAGAUGGUGUGAAGGCCAGUUUUUUCAUCAAUAUCCUGAGGCUUGCUUCUUGUGCAGGAGAGAAGUUACUUGCUUUUAGUCAGUAUAUACUCCCCAUGAAGUUUUUGGAAAGGCUCUUGGUGAAGACGUGGGGCUGGCAUGUAGGAAAGGAGAUCUUUGUGAUCUCUGGUGACACUAGUCCAGAGGACAGAGAAUUGGCGAUGGACCAGUUUAACAACUCUGCUGAUGCAAAAGUUCUGUUUGGUUCUAUCAAGGCAUGUGGGGAGGGCAUUUCCCUUGUGGGAGCAUCAAGAGUUGUCGUGCUAGAUGUUCACCUGAACCCGUCUGUUACCCGUCAGGCAAUUGGGCGUGCAUUCAGGCCUGGACAGCAGAAGAAAGUGUUUGUAUACAGGCUUGUCGCAGCUGAUUCUGCAGAGGAAAGCUUCCAUGAAACUGCAUUUAAGAAGGAAGUCAUACCAAAGCUGUGGUUUGAAUGGAGUGAGCAGCACUGCACUACCGAUGACUUCAAACUGAACCAAACUGAUAUUGAUGUCUGUGGGGAUGAACUACUGGAUAAUCAAGCUAUGCGGCAGGAUAUUAAGGCUUUGUAUAGAAGGUGAAAGCUGUCUGGCUGCUGUACACCAUGGUGUUACGGUGGCUCAGUUGUGGUGGCAGGCAGACAGGCAGGCAGGCCAGAGUCUUCUGUCAGCAAGAAUUUUCUGUUAUUCGUGCGAUUUACCAACUUAUGUUUAUCCGCGGACCUUUUUUGUAGUAUAUAUGCCGACUUAGGACAGCGAUUAUGUAGUCGAACUGAUCCAUGUUGCAUUCCCUGGAUAACACCUGCCGGAUUUGCAGCUCUGUCGCUUUUGCCUUCUCGUGGAACAAUUUGCCUUCCUGGAUAAUGGUACUGCGGGUUUGGAUGUUUGUGCCAGUUUGUAUGGUGAAGAUUUUUUUUUUUACAGCAUAUGGUAAAGAUUGUUUGUUGCGCACAUA